AUCAGCGCCGCAGCCACUGCAGAUCUCAGCAGGCUGUCACCUCCCUCCUCGAGCUGUCAGUGACAGCAGCUCACAAGAAGCUGCAGACCCACACUCAACCACCCGGUGAUUUUUACCUCGAAAUAACAGCUCCUCUGCGUUUUAAUUCAAACGGAGAAAAGGCAUGACAGGAUAAACCCCUGCUCCACGGACUGACACGGGCAGGUAGCAGGAGGGCUAGUUGGCUGCUGGUUAGCUUGUAGGCUAAUGCUAGUAGACUAGUGUACGGUGUUUGGUUGUGUUUUUUGCCGUCAGUUGGCUACUUGCUAGCGAAGGUCGGAGGAGCUAACGUUAGCGGAUAGUCAAGAGCGUUUAGUUAGUCAUUCGGCGUCAUUAAGGUGUCAUUUUAAUAAUCUACUCUAAAGCUAAAUAAUUAUUUGUGUUUAUUUGUCACGGGGCUGUAAAGUAUUCCUGUUUAAUUCGUUUGUUAAUAUUGCUGAAUGUAUCGUUGCUAGCUUCUUGGCUAUGCUAACGCCAGCUCACAUCACAGGGGACUAGCUUGUGAAGGAAGGAAGAGAGGUGACUUAUGAUGUGUGCUGAGGGAAGCAGCAUACUGUUGGGCGAAGGAGAGCAGCAGUAUUAGCCUAAACACAUCCUAGUUUAUCCUACUGUUUCUUUCGUAUAGGGCCGUAGCGUGUGUUAAGCUGUGAGGCACGUUUGAUGUAGAAAAUAAUUCGUUGACUUUGAUUUGCGAGAAAUGAAAAGUGUUUGUAUUUCUGAGUCGUGAGCUAGUGGCCACUUGCGCCAGCUUCAAGGGGAGAUACACACUGUCAGGAUAAUCGCACAGAUCUGCAAAAACCAACUCAGAUUGCUAAAAGAUGGCUUCGGCGAGCAGCAUUGCCGCAGCUAUUGCGAGCAAAACGAAGACGAAGAAAAAGCACUUCGUCGCCCAGAAAGUGAAGCUCUUCCGUGCCAGCGACCCGCUGCUCAGCGUGCUCAUGUGGGGAGUCAACCAUUCGAUAAAUGAGUUGAGCCACGUUCAGAUUCCCAUCAUGCUCAUGCCAGACGACUUCAAGGCGUACUCUAAAAUCAAAGUGGACAACCACCUCUUUAACAAGGAGAACAUGCCUAGCCAUUUCAAGUUCAAGGAGUACUGCCCUCUGGUGUUUCGAAACCUCAGAGAGAGGUUUGGCAUCGAUGAUCAGGACUUCUUGAACUCCCUGACACGCAGCGCUCCCUUGAACAGUGACGCCCAGGGUCGCAGUGGGGCGCGUUUCCAUACCUCUUAUGACAAACGCUACGUGGUCAAGACCAUCAGCAGUGAGGAUGUGGCAGAGAUGCAUAACAUCCUGAAGAAAUAUCAUCAGUUCAUCGUGGAGUGCCAUGGCAACACGCUGCUGCCUCAGUUUCUGGGGAUUUACCGGCUCACCGUGGAUGGAGACGAGACCUACAUGAUUGUUACACGCAAUGUCUUCUCUCACAGACUCUCCGUCUACAAGAAAUAUGAUCUCAAGGGUUCCACUGUGGCACGAGAGGCCAGCGAUAAGGAGAAGCAGCCGCCCCAACCAGAGGAUGUGCCCCCGCGGCCCAAAUCUGGUAACGUUCAGCAAAGGCUGCAAACCCUUCGGAUUGCCACGCGCUUUUACUGCGCCAUGAAACACGUAAGAGAUGCCAAGGAGCUGCCCACCUACAAGGACAACGACUUCAUCAAUAACGGACAGAAGAUCCACAUUGAUGGGGAGAACAAGAAGAUGUUCCUGGAGAAACUCAGGAAAGACGUGGAGUUCCUGGCCCAGCUGAAGCUCAUGGACUACAGUCUGCUGGUUGGGAUCCACGAUGUGGAGCGAGCUGAGCAAGAAGACGUGGAGAGCGAAGACAACGAGGCCGACGAGGAGGGCGAGAGUGACGGAGGGGGUGUUGGAACGCCCCCCGACAGCCCCAGCAACACCCUGGACAGCAACAAGCCUCUGUCCCCCGGAGAGUUUGAUCCCACCAUCGACGUCUACGCCAUCAAAAGCAAUGACACUGCUCCCAGGAAGGAGGUUUACUUCAUGGCUAUCAUAGAUAUCCUUCAGCAUUACGAUGCUAAGAAGAAAGCAGCUCACGCCGCAAAGACUGUCAAACACGGGGCCGGAGCGGAGAUCUCCACAGUGAACCCAGAGCAGUACUCCAAGAGGUUUCACGAUUUCAUCACCAAUAUCCUGUCAUAGCCUCCAGGAGUGACGGGGGGCACGGAGGCACAUGGGAAAGGGAGGGCAAGGGGGGAGUAGGGCGGGGAAGAGAGGUGAUGGAGAGAAAAAGCAUCAAGAGGCUGAAUUAAUAAGGUGCUGUGAUGGCUUUGUAUCGCUCUCCCUCUCCUCGUCCCUCCCUGUUUCUCUCUCUCCUUCAGUGGCGUGCCACGCUCUGCAGCUAUAAAAAGAAAACCAUCAUUCGUUUACAUUUAACCUCUCCUCUGUUGACUUUUGUGUUACUCUGAUAAGGGUGUUUAAAGCAAGCGUCCAAGUCAUUACGUUUUUUUUAUAUUAUUUGUUUUUGUCUGUACGGUUGUUUAUGUGGGAAUUUGGCUUAUUUUUGUAUUGCCUCUAUUACAACAUCCAGCUCCCUGCUUUUGUUUUUAUGUUGAUGUUUGUUUUUGUCUUCUCAGUAUGAUAAGUAGGAGGGUAUGAUGUGUACAGUGCAGAGGUCAGAUUACGGCACAAGGCUUGAGCGGGAUGUAACGAGGACGGACAUGUUGAGCCUCGCCUGAUGCAAUUGCUUCAUUUCAGGAAGUGGGAAGCAGUCUUCCAAAAGGCCAACAGCCACACACCCCCACCCAAACGCUAUACUCAGCCAAACAAAUCUUCCCAUUUGCGUUGAUCCUGCAUCCCUCACCCUUUAGACGCCACCCCUCCGUGUAAAGUGAAGGAGUUGAUCUUCUGGGUUAUCUUCUUGCCACACACUCACAACAAACACAUCUCAUUAGCUGAUUAGUUCACUUGUUGCACCUCAGUGGUUGUCCCUUACGCUUUGUUGUGAUGAAGAAUCAUUUAAGGGAAGGAUGCGCACCGUGAAAUGAGGAGAUUGGAGCAUACAAAGUGUUGUUUACUUGCAUUCCCCCUGAAUAUGUCGGGCAUUGUUUUCUGUGGCAGGGGAUGACCCAAAAGUCUUGUGUGGCUGAAGAGAUUUAAGUCACUCCUUGUUAUAUCUACAUACGGGGUGUCAGAUUGAAACAUCAACAGCCCUUUACUUUCUGUUGCCAUCAGCACCUUAUGAGUAAAUAAAAAAAAUGUUGCACUUUUAUUUGUUAUUAGAGGUUAGGAGCUCUUGUUCUGUUACAUGCGCUGCAACAAAGAGGACAAACGUGUUAGAAAUCCUGAUCCCAGAUCCCUCCUCCUCCGCCGUUACUCCCCUGCUGGUGUUUCUGACUGUAGGGAUUGGAUGGGAAGACUUUACUGCAAUAUUAGACGGGAAAGUGGAGGAGUUCUGUUCACGGGGCUUUUGUAAAAUGACGUUUACGAUCCUUUUUAAAAGCUCUCUGUGGGGUUGAGGGAUCUGGGAUCGGCUACAGUGUGUCUGUGUUCAGGGCAGGCAGGAGACGGUUUACCUCCAGCAUCGUACCAGCACACACUCAGUGUGUGUGUGUCAGUGUUCAAAAGUUGUAAAGGGAGAGACAGUGAAAUUAGGGGGGAGGUGGGGAAGAGAAGAAUGAACAGCGGCAGCAUCGUUCUCUCCUCUCACCUCGGCUGGUAUUCAUCGUUGUUCGUGUUGUUGUUGUUGUUGACAUUUUAAAGGUGGUUUAACUGUGUUUGAAUUUGGCAGUUUUAUGAAUUGAUGUGGUAAUAAUUUUUUUGUUUCUGUUUGAGGUUUUUUUUGUAUAUUUUGCACAAGAGGAAAGGAACCAAAUGUUACGAAUACGAUCCCAAUUAGUUGAUACGGUCUUAACAAGGGAAAUGCAAUAUACUUGUGUGUAAGUGAGAAAAGUUGUUGUGCGUGUGACGUUGUGUAUCACUUUCUGGAUAACCAACUAAAAGUCGUCCUUCUUGACUAUUGUAACCCAUGCAAAAAGCUUCCAUCACAAUAUGUUUGUUUAUCAUAGAAUAUAUUCACAUUUAUAUUUUUACAUUGGAUUUUAGUCAUGAAAUAUAGUUGUAUUUAAAAAAAUAAAUAAAUAAGGAGCCACCCUUGGGAAUGAAUGAUGGUGCUGUGGUAAAUGAAGAAUGAUACUGCUUGAAUUUAUACUCACUAUAGAUGUAAGAAAAAACCUAAAAAAAUUGCAUGUCACAGGACUAAGUUUCCUUCCCCUCUAUCUGUGUUGUUCUCUUCGUGUCCCUUCACUUUAACCAGAUUUGUGAGCGUACAAUAGUCCCUACCAUGCUUUAAAUACCCGUGUUUCAUUGUAUACACUGUGCAAGAUGUGUGCCUUUAUACUCCAAAAUUAUUUAAUUUUAUAUUUUGUAAUCUUUUUUUUUAAACAAAGGUAAAAGGUUAUUUUAAUAAUAGGGUGUUUACUUUGACCUGCAUUAUUUCCAACUUUAAUUUCAACCCCCUCGUUCUUCCACUCCAGCACCUCCUGUAUUGUUCAUAUUAUUCAGUUUAACAAAACCAUCUUAUGAUUGUGUUUUUUAACCGUCAUAAAUUGAAUAUCUGUCUUGAAUUUUAAUAUGGUGGAUUGGUUUGGAUUCUGUAAAUUCAAAUCUGUCAUUGUGAUAAUUCAGUGUGUGCAGGCGUCUCUACUCUGAGGCGUCUGCUGAUAUUAACCCCUCGUUCGUUCACGCUGGUCCUGCCUUUAUAAAGAGUGUGUGUGUGGAAGUGCAUUGUGAUGGUGUUUUUGUCGUUCUCUAACUGGCGGCUGCUCAGGAGUCUGUCAGCAUGUUCAUCGCGUUUACCUUCGUAACCACAGAUAUCAGGAAUGUGAUUUUUGUUUUACAAGUUUGUCCACAUUUUCACUUCCCUUCGUCGAUGGAAAACACAUUUUUGAACCCGGUUUAUGUUCACCUGAGUUUUUGUGUCCCACCUGCUUGUUAUCAGGGAGGUCAUCUGCUGAUAGGUCACCCUGAGUCAGUGGUUAAUGGAUAUUUCAGUGUUCUUUCUCUAUUAAUGGGCUGUUUUGUUUCUAUUGUCACGUAGCUCAUACUGUACAUAGGUUGUGUCAUAAAGAAAACGGGAAAUGAGGGAAGACUCAUCUUCUCCUCGUCUGCUUUGCUCUGUUUGAGGCAUAGCUGAGUAGAAAACAGCGCAGUGCAUGCUGGGAGAGUGAGUUUUUUUCUGUUUCUGUUUUGGGAAUAUUAACUCUGGUGAUGCCAGACUUUAACAGAUGCAAAUUUAAAGACGAUAAUAACACACUCGCUCUUUUGCUGUACUUUGACAUUUAAGGCUUUUGUGACUCACGAAUGAGCUCCUUCACCAAACCUGCUGCCACGGUAACUUGCCAAAAGCAUCUUUCAGCAGUCAGAACUACCCACCAUGAGCUUGAAGAACAUUGUGUACUGUGUAAUGUGUCUGUUUGUCUAAACUGAUUUGUUUUUACAUGCACUGGGAGAUGGUGCAUUCGCUGAUAUGUGAACAUGUCCAAAGUUUUGAGAAACAACCCUGUGUUCAUGUGGUGUUCAAGUGUUAAGGGAAUUACAAAUGCAAAUGAGCGGAGGCCAGGCCAGAUCUGCAGAGAUGGAACAUUUCCUGUGGCUUUCUAGGAUUAAAACAAAAAAAAAUCUUGCUGGACAACAGUUUGGAUUGAAUUCAUUGAAUUUGCAUGGCCAGGAGACAUCCUGCAGUCGAGCUUCGGUCUCACAAAAGUCCCAAGUUCUUUUAGACUACAUCUAAAAGACUUACGCAUUAGUGUAUGCACGUGUGUAUGUGUGAGUGUGUGUUAUUGCUAUCUGACAAUGGUUGGUGAGAGCUCCCUUUCAGUGGCAGAGGCCAAAAUGAUGAUGUACAUUUAUUGUUCUUCACAUUUGACGAUGAUGAUGAUAAUACACUCCAUCCCAUAAGCUUCACUCAAACCAAUUAAAGCACUUGUUCUGCUUAACUCAAA